AUGCACAGCAAAGGCAAUCUCGUUCUUACCUUCUCCCACAAAGAAGAAUACUACCGGAGGCGUAGGCGCAGAAGCCCAUCUCCCAACGGCUUGGGAAACGACGCCAUGAGCAAGGCACUGGAUCAACUCUCUAAGUCGCCUUUCAUGCAUCACAUAGAAGGGGCCGUACUUCCUCGACGGUUCCAACAGUUAACCUUCACCAUUUACAACGGUAGAACAGACCCGGUGGAGCAUGUGAGCCAGUUCAACCAAAGGAUGGCUGUCCAUUCUAGGAAUGAGGCACUGAUGUGCAAGGUUUUCCCGUCCAACUUGGGACCAGUGGCGAUAAGGUGGUUUGAUGGUCUGAAGACGAACUCCAUCGACUCGUAUAGGCAGCUGACCCAAGUUUUUGGCUCCCGCUUCGUUACGAACUGCAGAGCCCCUCGGCCUUUGAGCGCUUUGUUGUCGUUAUCCAUGCAUGAUAGAGAAACCAUAAAUUUAAAGGCCUACUCAGACAGAUAUUGGGAGACGUACAAUGAAAUAGAAGACAACUUUGACGACAUCGCCAUUAUCACUUUCAAAAAUAGUCUCCCAGCUGAUCACGGCCUGCAGAAGUCUCUGACUAGCAAGCUCGUCACCAGUAUGUGUCAACUGAUGGAUCGGAUCGACAAGUACAAGUGA